GGCGUUGGUUCUGUGCCCCCGUGGUUCUGUGUGUGGCGUCGCCAUGUGCGCCGCAUGCGCCUGCGGCACCACAGAACACCUACCAGGCGGCACCAGCAGCACCGACGAUGGCACGUAUUCCGCAGUAGCAAUGUGACGAUGGAUUUAUACGAGCACCCAGCUGCCCAUUGACGUCCGAAAUUUCGUGACCUGUGUGCAAGGCCACAGUCAAGUAAGCGUCCAUAGGGAGUGCCACGCCUCAGGCCAGGUGGUGUCGAGGCCGAUGCGCUGUGACACACCACCUAGGAUGGAGGACGUGAACGACCGCGACAGCAGCGACGACGAUGCACUGGCCGACAUGGACGACAUAGAAAUUGUGGAAGUGUACGAUGAAGUGGCCAGUGAUUUCAGCGAAGAGGAAGGGGCUGCGGAUGAGGUGGCCCCGCUGGACAACGCCGAGGUCUCCUUCGCAGCCCACCAGGGCUCGGCCUUCGUGUGCGCCGUGUCUGGUGAUGGUCGGCAUAUCGUAACGGGAGGUGAGGACGACCGUGGUUGCGUCUGGCAGCUGGACACGGGCCAACUAGUGUUCGAGUGUGGCGGUCACACUGACUCGGUCACAUGUGCCGCCUUCAACCACGAUUCGACGUUGGUGGCCACAGCAGACAUGGGUGGCUCCCUUCGAGUCUGGGCCGUGGAGAGCCAUGAACAGCAGUGGGAAUUUGACAUUGGCAUGGACCUCAACUGGAUCGACUGGCACGGACAGGCGAACGUCCUGCUAGCUGGAACGGUGGAAGGCAUGGUCUGGAUGUGGCAGGUUCCCGGUGGCCACUGCAAAAACCUGGUUGGCCCGGGUACCUCGUGCGGUGCUGGGCGCUUCCUGUCCGACGGCAGACGGGCAGCGGUCGGCUACGACGAUGGCUCUGUGCGUGUCUGGGACCUGAAAGGGGUUGCCGUAGCACACAGCCUGACGGGAGCCGGCCAGGCACACCCAGGGGGCCCAGUCACGUGCCUGGACGUGGCCGGCGAGCUCGUGGCAUCGGCGGCGACCGACGUGCGACUGCUGCACGCCAGCACGGGGAGGCUCCUUGCGGCCUUUACUCUCAACAAUUCUGCCGGCGACGAAGCCUCAACAGUGGAAGCGGUGUGCAUCGAUGGAGCCCAGCGCACCCUGGCGGCUGGCUUGCUCUCUGGUAGGCUUUCCCUGUGGGACCUGGGCUCACAGGCCGAGCGUCAGAGCUGCUUGCACCCUGAGGGCGUGACGCGUGCCUUCUGGCAGGGACCGCACACCGUGGUGACGGGAUGCCUGGACGGUGCCGUGCGUUCCUGGGACGUGCGCACCCCGCAAGAGCCGGCCCUGUGCUGGAGGGCACACCGGCACGACAUCUUAGACCUGGUGCUGUGCCCGGAUGGUCAGCGUGUAGUGAGCGUGUCCGAUGAUGGCAUCUGUGCCGUGCACAGGUUCGCCUCGCCCGAUUGAUCUCGUCUUCACCGGCCACUACACUGCCACAUUUUUAUGCAGUAAAGGUUUUGUUCUGUUUGAAAUAUUUA